UUCACUUUUGGCUUCAACCGACAACAAUCAACAUGAGAGCAGAAAUUUUCUUACUAGUAUUAUCCUUUAUUGGCGGCUCGUUCGCGUUUGGCGACGAGGCCAUAUUCGAAGACGAAGACAUUUACAACCAGGCGUUGCCUCCUGUGAACCACACAGGGCUCACGGUGCCCGGCACCAAGUGGUGUGGACCUGGCAAUACGGCAGCCAACUACGAUGAUCUGGGCCGGGAGCGUGAUACGGACAAGUGUUGCCGGGAGCACGAUCAUUGCGAUGAUAUCAUGGGGCCGCACAGCUCCAUUCACGGUCUGCCCAGCAACACGGACUGGUUUCCCAUCUUGAAGUGCAGCUGCGAGCAAAAGUUCAUCAACUGCUUGCAGGCCGUCAACACGUUGACAUCGAACACCAUGGGUCGCGUGUACUAUGCAACACGGCACAGAUGCUUUGCACAGGGCUAUCCCACCACUGGAUGCAAGGAGUAUCAGCUAGGCGCCAUACGCAGGCGUUGCAUUCGGUACACGGUGAACAAGCGGGCAGCCAAACUCUGGCAGUUCUACGAUAUGCCAUUCUAUACAAUCGCCAAACCUUGACCCACAGAGCUCUAAUCAACAAAGUAUAUAUACACAUAUAUAUAAAAUC